AGGCAUGGGGUGGUGACUGCAGCCGCACAGUAUCCAGCAGUGGCACUGGAGAACACACCUGAGGGAGUUCCUGGUUCUAGAUAAUCUGGGGAUUGCCCUUCACCUGGUCUUGGGCUUCAUUUUCUUGAACGGGAUAUCAAGUUUUCUUGUGCAGCAACUGACUGCAGUGAGUGGCUUGUGUGUCAGGUUUCCAUUUCAUCUUCAGCUCCAACCUUCAGAAUCAACUAUCAUGUCCAGGGUGGCCAGGUACCGGCGGCAAGUGAGCGAAGACCCUGACAUAGACAACCUGCUGUCCACCUUGUCCCCGGAGGAGAUGGAGCAGCUGGAGAAGGAGCUAGAUGCCGGGGACCCAGAUGCUGGUUUGUCUGCGGGACUACGCAGGGACCAGACUGAGAGGGCAUCAAGCCAAAGGGAGGCAGAGAGGGAGAGCAAGAGACUGGCGCAGGCACAGGCAGCACCUGAGAGUGGAAAAUCUUCACAAAAGGUAAAGGAAGAGGGACAAAAAGAAGUCAGUGCAAAGGAGACAAAAGAAAAACCAAAAGACCCUCCACAUAAAAAACUGGAAGAAACUAAAGACACCAAAACAAAGGAAACUAGAGAAACAGAGAAACCAAAGGAUGAAAGAGUCAGCAAAAUGAGAGAGAGGUUCAGGCAAGAGAAAAACAGUAGUGUGGCAGAUAAAGACAAAUUAAAAAUAACUUCGUCUAAAAAGCUAGAUGAACAGAAAGAUCCAAAACCAUUACAGAAGGAUAAAGCAGAAAAAGUGGCUACUGAAGAUGAAGUAAAGAAGAAGAUUGCAGACAAUAUUGAAAAGAAGGAAGUUGCAGAGGUACAAUCUGAGAAAAACCUGGACAAAAAGAAAAAUUUAGACAAGACCCCAGAGAAAAAAGAGAAACUAGGGAGUGUCCAAUCCAAUAAAAAUAACACGCAAGAAAAACAAGCAACUGAUAAAGAAAAUAAUUUGAAGAACACAGAGGCACAACGAGCUGAAAACGGAUCUAAGAAUGGAGCAGAAGAGAAUAAAGACGAUGACUCAUCAAGUAUUUUUGAUGAACUCCUAGAAAAAGUGAAAAAUAAUGAAGCUGAGCUAACAGAGCUGAAUCUGAACAAUUCAGACUGUAUUACCAUUGAGACCCUAAUGAGUUUUACAGAGGCUUUAGAGUUCAACACUGUGGUUAAGAUCUUUUCUCUGGCAAACACACGAGCUGAUGACCAUAUUGCAUUGGUUAUUGCUGCCAUGUUGAAGUCUAACAAGACCAUUACUAGUAUCAAUCUGGAUUCCAACCAAAUCACAGGAAAGGGCAUAUUAGCCAUAUUCAGAGCUCUGCAGCAUAAUGACACACUUACUGAACUUCGCUUCCAUAAUCAGCGCCACAUUUGUGGUGGGAAAACUGAGAUGGAAAUUGCAAAGAUGUUAAAAGAAAACACUACUCUCUUAAAACUUGGAUACCAUUUUGAGCUAGCAGGGCCACGCAUGACUGUUACUAACUUGCUGAGUCGCAACAUGGACAAACAAAGGCAACGGAGAAUGGCAGAGCAGAAAGCAUUAAAAGAAGCAGAGAGCAAGAAGAAUUGUUUAGCAGUUCCCAAAGUAAUUCCUCCUCCAGAAGAGUCCACCAAAUCAUUGAGAAAGCCAGCUGCCAACAAUCCCCAAAAGGGCACUUCAAAAAAAGGAGGAGCACCUGUUCCUCCUCCUCCACCACCUCCACCAAUGGCUCCUCUGGCACCACCACUUAUUAAUGAGAACAUUAGAAACUCUCUGUCCCCUGCUUCACAGAGAAGAAUUGUAGAAAAGACUGGGCCUGCACAGGAGAACUCAAGAGAUAAACUUCUUGAAUCAAUUAGGUCUAGUAAUGUCAAACAACUUAAAAAGGUGGAAGUGCCCAAGUGGCUGAAGUAAACAGGAUUACCAAAGGGAAACGUUCUUCUGCUGCCUUGUGCUUCUAAAUCCAUGUCUGUUAUUGCAGCAAUAACUCAAGAAGCCUUAGGGUCCAACAGUCUCUCUUAGCCAUCAUUGC